AUGCUCUUAUUUUGGCGUGUGUCCGUCAUUCAUAUUUUCACGCGAUACCGGCUCCGAUUGAAUGUAGACUCGUUUAGGCUCAAUGAAACUAAGCUGAUGGGUGAAGGUUGGAGGCUCACGACAUUUCACAAUUUGCCAAUUACAUACCGAAUUGCUGAUUUGCUGCCUCUUGUCUGUGCCUCUGGCGUACUGACAACUUUUGACCAAUCACAUGUGCGGCCUCACGGUGGCGGUACAUUUGUAGCCGUGAUAAAAGGUGCUGUCACACUUUGA